UCAUCUCUAAGGCUAUAGAUUUUCCUAGGCUUUAUUAGCUGAUAAUAGAUCGUUAUCAAAGGAAAAAACUUAGCUGAUAAUAGACUCAGGGGUUUUGGAGCUGCGAUGAUGGAGGGAGAGGUCGAAGGGGCAUCAUUGGCAAUAAGCGAUAAGAUCUCACGCACUAAGGAGCUGCACAUAAAGAAGAGGGCACUCAGAAAUAAAUCUCUUUCUGUUACCUUCAAUGACAAAGAUCUCAGGGACUAUGUCUCUGGGUUCCACAAGAGGAAGAAGAAGAGGAGAAAGGAAGCGCAGAGAAAGCUACAGGAGAAGGACAGACUCAAGCGUAUUGGGGCCCGUAAACAGAGGAAACUUGAGAGAGAGCAUGCUCUAUAUGGUGGAGUUGAACCAUCCAGUGAUAUAGGACCUGAUGAACUUGGUGAUGGCAAUGAACAGGAAGAAGAAACUGAGUUGACUGCAUCAGUUUCUGGGACAAAAUCGUAUGACAAUGGAGACAUGAAAAUAACAGUAACAACAAGUGAGAUAUCUCAUGAAUACGAUGAACCUUCCAGGGAAAAGAGUCAAAAGACGCAAGUCAUCCCAAGAAUAAGUGCAGAGAGUGAAAAGAAGCACAGCAUACCCGUGCAAAAGAGGACAUUCAAGAACAGCUCAAAACAUAAAACGAUGAGAAAGCCGCAAAAGAGACAAAAUGACAAGGAUGGCAAGAAGAAGAAGAAGCACUAGAAAAGAUUUUUCCUUUUUUUAGUUAUCCAGCAUGGGUGCUGCUCAAUUUAGUAGAAGAUUUGAUGAUUGGUUAGUCAUAAUAUAUUUAAAAAGCAAAAUGCUUGUACUAACUGCAGAUUAGGAAAUUGAAGGGUUUCAACAUUUCCAGUGAAGUCAAUGGAUAAUCAACUACUCUUUUGAAUAUCUUUUAUUUGGACUAUGUACAAAAAAGGGGGAGUUAUUCCCAAUUUCAUCUGAUCAUCAAUCAUUUUGCAGUCA